GUCGGCUUUGCAUUUUUCAACAGUGUUUUGAUCAUUUUUUUUCACUUUUCAAUAAACAAAAUUUGUUACAACUUAACAAAACUUUAUUAUUAUUAUUUUAAAGAAAAAAUAUUAACUUAAACAUCAGCUAUAGAUACAAAUUAAAUAUUUUUGUUUUGUUGGCUAAAAAAUGAGUCCACGUUCACAUAGUCGUUCUGUUACACCACGUCGUUCUUAUUCCCGCUCGCCUUAUAGACGCUCUGGACGCCGUAAAUCCUAUAGCCGCUAUAAAUAUGAUUCACGCAGUAGUUCCAAUUCUAGACAUCCACCAUCACCGCCUCCCAUAACAACUGGCCGACACAGUGGUCGCUAUUCUAGUGAUAGUCGUAGUGUUUCCAGAUCCGUAUCACCCACCUAUAAAAAAAGACAGCACAAUAGUCGUCGUCAUUAUAGUAGAUCACGUUCAAGAACAAAAUCUCCAACACGUUCCCGUUCACGUAAUUCGUAUGAUAGAGCAAAUCGUAGCAAUAGAGAAAAACCUUUACCCUGCCGCUGUAUUGGUGUCUUUGGUUUAAGUGUCUAUACUACACAACUUAAAAUCAGAGAAAUAUUUUCCAAAUUUGGCCCCAUAGAACGCAUACAAGUUGUUAUUGAUGCUCAGACCGGACGUUCUCGGGGUUUUUGUUUUAUUUAUUAUGAAAAUUUAGCUGAUGCUAAAGCAGCCUGUGAUAAUUGCUGUGGCAUGGAAAUUGAUGGUAGACGCAUACGUGUUGCCUAUUCCAUAACCGAAAGGCCACACACACCAACGCCUGGUGUUUAUAUGGGACGACCAGCCAAAGAUUUACGUGAACGUUAUCGUGCCCAAAAACAACAGCUACAACAACAACAGCGUCAUUAUUCUCCAGUUAGUUAUAGUAGUAAAUCUCAUCAUAGUCAUCGACAUCGUUAUGAACGCAGUCGUAGUCGUUCCUAUUCACCACGUCGUUAUCGUUAUCGAUACCAUUAAUAAUUAGGCUAAUUUAUAAGCCUUUUUCUGUUUGUUUUUUUUCUCUUCUUGAAUUCACUUUUUUUUUUUAAUUUUUAUGUUACUUUAGUUUUAAACGCUUCUUUGCAGCUUGUUUGUGUGUAAUAAAUUAGUUUAGUUUUGUGGUUGUCUUAUACAUGGAGGUGAAUUUAACUUUUUACCAAAAUUUUAGUGUUUUGUACCUUAAUUUCUGAAAUUCAGUUUUGUCAUAAUUUUAAUAUAAAUAUGGAUAUAUGUAUGUACUUCUGUGUUUUAGUUAUAAUUUAUAAUAUAUUUAAACAAGAAACAAUUAUUUUGCAAAAAGAAAAACUUGUAAAUUCCUUAAAAAAAUCUAUCUGAAAAUAAUUGUUUCUUAAAAAAAAACUUUAAUUAACAUUAUAAUAAUGUUUGUGUAAUUAUUUAAUUAUAUAAUAAUAAACAACUAGUUGUAAUAUUUUGUAUUUAUUUAAAUUUCUUUAAAUGGACAAACAAAAAAA